GACGUACUAGGCAUCUUUCGUGAUUUUGACUAUAGUGGUCCAGCUUUCUAUACUUAUGUGCAACGGGGUCUUAUGCUUCCGGGCAAACUUUGCCUGAUAACACAUUGUCCGAACAUCCUCCUUUCUUUCCCCAGACGCCCAACCCGUAGCCCAACCGAAGAUGCCGGCCAUCUACAUCUCCAAAUACAACCGUUUUGUGGACAAUGUCAUCACGAGAAUCAACCGCAUCCUCGGCAAGAAUUUUGACCCCGUUCGUGUCAAGCUGCAGUCGCCCAGCGAAGUAAAGAAAGCGCAAAAGCAACAACAGAAGAUCAAGAAUCAGGGAAAAGGGAAAGGAAAGGGUAAGGGUAAAGGAACGAGGUCUGGUCAACAACAGAAAGCGGAAGACAUGAAGAAUAAAAUGGCCGAAUUGCCUGUGCAGAGGUCGGAGAGUAGCGAUGUAAAAGAAGAUAGAAGGACAAUAGAGAGCGAAGCCCGAGAACCAUCUUUCGUCCUAAUCUCCAAAACCGGCUCUGAAGAUUCCGCCAACACAACUGAAGAAACUGUCCAAAGCCCUGCCACUAGCGCACCACAAGUGAGAGAAACUAACGUCACCAGAAAAAACUCCAAACCGAAAAGGAAGAACACUACGAAAUCUGGAAACAAAAACAAGAACAAGACGAAGCAGGGAAACAAUGCCAACAAAAAUAAGAAAAAGGCACCGAAGGCCAAAGCGACGUUGUUUGGAUUGAGCUCGAUUAAGAGAGAUGGUGACGUUGUGGUCAACAUGCAGGCUGAUCACACUACCGUUAAGUCGAACUUCGUCUUAGGGCCGCUAACUUUGAGAGUCGAAAGAGAGUACGCCAGCAAUGGUAGAAGAGAACUGAAAAGCGCGACAGCUACAACAGCAGAGAUGUUCGGAAGAAUCAAUUUGAAACUAGUACAUGGUGGCGCUGCUACUUUACAUUCUAUUCGAGUUCUGCAACCAAAACAGGUGAGAAUCGACAGCCCGGACGACCACGACAAAACAAGAGAAUUCUUAUGGAAAAGAAGCGCUCACAUUGCAUCCAUGGUGUCUUCAAAACUUGCCAAUGCAGCCAGGUCCAUGUUGAAACCUCCCUUAACGAACUAAGAAAUUAUUUAGGUAUUAUAAUAUAGCAUAAACCCUUUUUUUAGAUAUGUCGAAGAACAUAUUGAAAUCAUCAUGCCAAAUGGUCCAGUAGUUGUAGGUUGUUGUGCGUUUGCAAAUAUUUUGCUACGCUCAUUUAAUGAGAUAUAUAUAUAUAUAUACAGGGCGGUUUCCUAGUGUGGGGCACUGCAAACCUUGCAUUGAAGAUCACCUUGUGUAGGAUAUUUAUUACUGGGGUAAUAGUGGGUAUAAGACUUUGCUAAAAGUGAAAGCCAUGGUGGUUGACUCCUAAAGUACAAAGUUUAGGUAUUUAGGCAUUAAUAGUAUGGGAAAUAAUUUAUUUUACUUAGAUGUUGGAGUUCCUUAAACUUCUUAAGCUGGGACAUGUUGCAUAUUUGUCUUAGAUAGGUGAUAGAUUUUCUGAUCUGCUUUACUUGAAAGUUAUUUAUUUUUAUUUAUAUUUUUUAAUAUUUAUUUGUAGUAUUGUAGUGAUUAGACUUUUGUAUUUUUUAUGAAUAAAGAC